AUGAUAGUGCUUCUUUUAAUCUCGUUGGCCUCAUGGGGUGCUUGUGAAAAUGAAAACUACACUGACGAAUUUGCUCGAAAAUAUAUGUUCCCAUUGAGCGCUGCCGCAUACUCCGAUUAUCCUUGGUUGUGUCUGAAACACAAAUUCUUAGGCUCCAAGUUGAUCCGUCAAGCUACUGUAAAAUGCGAUGGAGGUGAAUGUUCGGGAUUUCUGGCGGUUCUACAUGAGGAAGAAGCUAUAGUCCUGAGUUUUAGGGGUACACAAGGAUUGUUGCAGCUACUUGAAGAAGCUAAACAGAGCGCAAUUAUGGCGUGGACUGCAUGGCCUUUUGGUGGUAAAGUUUCAAAGUAUUUUGAACAUGCUUUUUAUAACGUCUGGAUUCAUGGUAUGGAAGAAGAUUUCAAGGAUUUAAGAGAGCGGUAUCCUGAUUACGAUGUCUGGGUGACUGGUCAUUCACUUGGUGGCGCUAUGGCCGCAUUGGCAGCUUCACAUAUUGUCGGAAAAGGCCUAGUACAUAAAACAAUGGUGAAAUUGGUCACAUUUGGUCAGCCAAGAGUUGGCGACCAAAUAUUCGCAAGUUUUCACGAUCAACAGAUCCCAUUCUCGUAUCGUGUUGUUCGUUGGCGUGACUUGGUACCUCAUAUUCCGUCCAAAGAUAUCUACCGUUACUAUCAUCAAGGAACUGAGGUAUUCUACACUACAAGCAUGUACCCAAGGCAAUUUGUAAUUUGUGAGCGUGGUGAAAACAAGGAAUGCAGCAGCAGCAUUUGGAAUACUGGCGUUGACGAUCAUUUAUUCUAUUUCAACAAACUUGUAAGCGAAUACGGUAAAAAUGGAUGCUACGAGUGA